AUGAUUUACAAUUUCACUCCUCUGCAAUCAGGACCCCUGGUAAAGCGAAGGAAAGUGCGACGAGCAUGCGAGUUCUGUCGCGAGCAUCGCGUUCGCUGCGAUGGCAUGUUGCCGUGUUCACAGUGUAUGACGAACAAAGUCAAUUGUGUCAAGCCUAAGGCCUCGCAUCACCUAUCGCCACCUCGCUCGGCUAGACCCCAGCAUAUCCGCCCAUCUGUCCCCUCCUGUACUCCACCUCCACAAUCAGUGACCUCGUCCGCUCCUGUCGAUUCACCAAGAGACCCGACUCAUGUAGUCUCCCGCCAUCCGGACUGUCUAACUGGCUUUAUCUCACGGAUCAAUCUAUUUUGUUCCGUAGUUUCACAAAUAUCAUCACAAGCAUCUCCAGACUCUAGUGAAUUAAUCUCUUCUGAGACCUCGUAUUCAACUCCGGAAUUGAUCCAAGAUGCAGAGCAGAGCCUUACGCAGUCGAGACUGUCAAGCUUGCCAGACCUCCAAGAAAGGCUUCUAGAGAUCUUUUGGGCUCGCUAUUUAUGCUUAACACCAGUUUUGACUCAAUCAGACGUACUGGAUCUUGAGCCAGACCGAAAGCGAGAGCCUUUGCGAAACGCUCUGAUGGCAUACUGCUUGCAAUCAGUUUAUCAUGCCGGUCUACAUCAUCGUUUUCUGGGUAUCAAUGCAGGACUGAACAAGGCUCAAGAAUCCUCAUCCGACAAACAGCAGAGCCCCCUCGUGACUUUAUUUGCUUCUUACUUCCAAAAAGCCUUGGCGGCAAACAGUCAUUAUCUCCUAUAUGCGGAACCAUCUGUGUUGGACGUCCAGCGCCAUAUUCUGAUGGCCUUGUUUCUGCUGAAUUCUGGAGAGUUCCUGGCCGCAUAUAACAUUACCGGGGCGGCUAUUCGACUUGCGCAGUCGCUAGACCUGCAGAAACCACCGGCACCUCUUGUUAUUUCAAAAGAGACAGAAAUCUGUGGUCGCAUAUGGUGGAUGUUAGUUCACCUCGAUUUUCGCUGCUCGAGAUACUUGGGUAAACCCAUGGUAGUCUCACUAAGAGACACCACACUUCCCAUGCCAAAUUAUAAUCCCUCCACCGACCCGGAAUGCUCGGAGCUGGUCUUUCACUCAGCCACGAUUACACUAACAGUGGUUGGCAAAAGAGUUGCCGAAUCCUUGGCGGCUCGGCACGAUACAAUUAAUGCCAAUGAUUCUGUCUCACAAAUCGAGCUGUCAGCGGAGCAUCUCACCCACGAAAUCAGUCGGUUGUUUGAAUGGAGAGAUCUUUUUGUGAAGGCGGAGCCAUUUAAGUACUUGGACCUUGUCGGUUGUGCCAAUCAACCUCAGACACACGCAGCCGGGGAAGGAUUGAAACACCAUGACGAUGCAUGGAUUUGUGAUCAAUCACCCACUCGCAUCUUGCAGCAAACACUUCUCGAACUCCAAUUUCAUGAUCUUGUUAUUUGGUUUCACCGCCCAUUCAUACAGUUUCCUAGUCAUGACCUGGUCCCUCAACGCAGCCCAGGAGCCGACAUACAUGCGACAACAGCUCUACAACACGCUUUGAAGGUCACAGAGACUGUGCACCGGCGUAUGCUCUACCACGAUGCUCUUUAUGGAUGCUCCGACGUAUAUCAAUACGUCUGGAAUGCAGUCCUGACUCUGGUGGGCUUUCUAUUGGCCUAUCCUUUAUGCUACUGGUUCCCUGUCGCUCGAAAACAUGUCGAGCUAUCUUUUCAAAUUUUCGACAUAGCAAAAGCCUCAAAUCCCAUUGCGUCUCGGGCUGCCCACCUGACCCGUUACCUCCUCGGUCGAGUCGAUGCUCUCAUAGAAAUACUUAAUGCGCAAGCUUCUGCAUCCAAUCCGCAUGCUCAUUCGCCUGCUCGCGAGCAAGUCGCGGAAAAUUGGGAUCGAGUGAACUUGGAGCAGUCCUCCGGCCCUUACUUGCUUACUCCUGGGGCGGAUGCUUUGUGGUCCUGGGCUGACACGGUAGACCCCAAGGCUUGGUCGGGUUACUGUAAUGAAAUCAACGAUAUGCUAAUAUCUCUCCCUGAGAUGCCCCCAGGCACAGAUUAUUUCCCUGUUUAA